AUGACUGCCGGGUGGUUAUUAGAGUGGCAGAGCGGAUGCGUGGCAGUGGAAGACUGUCGCGGUGGUUUGUUGGACGGCGUGGAGAAGAUAAGGAGUUGGACCGUUUGGGUUGAAGUCCGUAGAGGCACCGACGACGAUUGUGGGUUUCCGGUGACGGGCAGUGGAGUUCGGAUUAUGGUUAUGGAUAAGGUAGUUAAAGAAAUCAUCGGUUAUGCUAUAGCUAUAAAUGUCUCUGUGGCAUUUGAUUUGAACCAACCACUCUUAAAGAAAGGAAAUGUGCGUAAUAUUUGGUGCAAUUCCAUCAAAGGCAAUGAUAUAUCCUGUCUAGAAGUUGACUGGGUAAUGGCUGAGGCUGAUGCUAAAUCUCUUUAUAAAGGUGGGGAAAAGAUGCUGGGGACUGAUGAGAAGAUUUUCAUACACAUUUUCUCUGAAAGAAGUAGGCCACAGUAA